AUGGACGAAGGCAUUGUUGAGAGGGCGCUGAAUAGUUUAGGAAAAGGCUUCGACUUGACCUCAGAUUGCAGGCUCAAAUUCUGCAAAGGCGAAGAGCGUUUGGUUCUUCUCAACGAAACCGAGAAACGAAAACUCACGGUGCCAGGUUUCGGACCCAUCGGCGAUGUCUCCGUUGACAUCAAAUGCGACAAGGGCGAAUGCACCCGCUACCAAUCCGACAUCCUCACCUUCACCCAAAUGUCAGAGCUCUUCAACCAGAAGAGUUCGAUCCCUGGGAGAAUCCCAUCUGGGUACUUCAACACCGUGUUUGGGUUUGAUGAAUGUUCGUGGGCAACUGAUGCUGCAAACACCAAGUGUUUGGGUAUUGAUGGCUAUUUUAUGAAACUCUUCAAUGUUCGUAUUGAUCGGUACCCACUCGUUCUGUCUCAUCAAGUCCUUGAAGCUGUUCCUUCUUCCUGGGAUCCCUCUGCACUUGCAAGAUUCAUUGAGAACUUCGGGACACACAUCCUUGUGGGGCUUAGCAUUGGUGGCAAAGAUUUAGUGUUGGUCAAGCAAGACGUGUCUUCCAGCUUGGAGCCAUCAGAGCUGAAGAAGCACUUGGAUGAGCUUGGAAAUCAAUUAUUCACUGGAACAUGCAGUUUCCUUCCAAAAUCCAAAGACCAAAAAUACAAGGUACCACAGGCUUUUGAUGUCUUUGGUCCACAAAUUGUCGCCUUCAAUAGCUCUACAUCCGUUUGUGCAAAAGAUGGAAUUACUGUGAUAUGUGCGAAGAGGGGAGGGGAUACCCUAGUGAGUGACCAUAGUGAAUGGCUUCACACAGUUCCGAAGAAGCCGGAUGCUGUUGAUUUUUGCUUCAUUCCCAUCACUUCUCUUCUUAAAGAUGCUCCUGGCAAAGGCUUCCUAUCCCAUGCCAUCAACCUCUACCUACGAUAUAAGCCUCCGAUGUCAGAUUUGCCAUACUUUCUUGACUAUCAAUCACACAGGCUUUGGGCUCCCAUUCACAAUGAUCUUCCACUCUGUCCUGUUACAAACCGAACCACCUCUUCACCAUCUCUCAGUUUCAACUUGAUGGGUCCCAAGCUUUAUGUAAACACGUCAAAGGUAACAGUUGGUAAAAGGCCAAUCACAGGGAUGCGCUUGUUUCUUGAGGGCAUGAAAUGCAACAGAUUAGCCAUACACGUGCAACAUCUAUUGAACACUCCAAUAAUGCUCAUCGGCAAAAUAGAGAACGCCUCAAUAUGGUCAGAAGAAAUCACUGAUGACCGUUUCUUCGAAGCAAUCAAUGGGAAGAAAUUUUCCCACGUAUGUACAGCACCAGUGAAAUACGACCCUAGAUGGAGCUCUGAUAAGGAUGUGGCCUUUAUAGUCACAGGAGCCCAACUUCAUGUGAAGAAACAUGACUCAAGGAGUGUCCUUCAUCUAAGGCUGUUGUUCUCUCAGGUGUCUAAUUGUGUAGUUGUAAAAUCAAGUUGGACACAGGGCUCCUCCGGGUUAUCACAGAGGUCUGGCAUUUUCUCAGUGAUAAGCACAUCAAUUUCUGGUAAAGACCAGAAAAAACCAGUUGUAGUUUUGGACUCCAGUGUGUUUCCAACAGGACCUCCAGUGCCUAUGCAAAAACAAAAGCUGUUGAAAUUUGUAGACGCCUCACAGCUGUGUAAAGGUCCACAAGAUAGUCCUGGCCAUUGGUUGGUCACUGGGGCAAGGUUGGUCUUGGACAAGGGUAAGAUAUGCUUAUGGGCUAAGUUCUCUUUGUUAAAUACUGGUUCAUGA